AUGGCGCGGCUGGCGGCGUCCUGGCGCCCGGGCUUCCUGGCGCGCCUCCUCGGUGGCGCCUGGUGCCUGCUCUGUGCGGCGGGACAGGUAUGCGGAGAACAAAGCCAAGGGGCUGUUUUCCUGAGAGAGUUCACACUGAUUCGAAGAGAGAGCCUUCACGAAGACUUCCUGUCUGACCUCUCGAAUACUCACAAGACUGAAGACUCGAGCUCCAGGAGGGCACGCUCCAAGGAGGACCGCGACGGCCUCUGGGACGCGUGGGGCCCGUGGAGCGAGUGCUCGCGCACCUGCGGGGGCGGCGCCUCCUACUCGCUGCGGCGCUGCCUGGGCAGCAGGAGCUGCGAAGGAAGAAAUAUCCGAUACAGAACAUGCAGCAAUGUGGACUGCCCCCCGGAUGCAGGGGACUUCCGUGCCCAGCAAUGCUCUGCUCAUAAUGACGUUAAGCACCGCGGCCAGGUGUAUGAGUGGCUGCCUGUGUCCAACGACCCUGACAAUCCAUGCGCACUCAAGUGCCAGGCCAAAGGCACGGCCCUCGUGGUGGAGCUGGCGCCCAAGGUCCUCGACGGCACGCGCUGCUACGCCGAGUCCUUGGACAUCUGCAUCAGCGGCUUGUGCCAGAUUGUUGGCUGCGACCACCAGCUGGGAAGCACCGCUAAGGAGGAUAACUGUGGGGUCUGCAACGGAGAUGGGUCCACCUGCCGGCUGGUCCGAGGGCAGUAUAAGUCCCAGCUCUCUGCAACCAAAUCGGACGACACGGUGGUUGCCAUCCCCUAUGGAAGCCGACACGUUCGCCUCGUCUUGAAAGGCCCCGAUCACUUACAUCUGGAAACCAAAACCCUCCAGGGGGCUAAAGGUGAAAACAGCCUCAGCUCUACGGGCACCUUUCUUGUGGAUAAUUCCAGUGUGGACUUCCAGAAAUAUCCAGACAAAGAGACACUGAGAAUGACUGGACCGCUGACAGCAGAUUUUAUCGUCAAGAUCCGGAACUCGGGACCCGCAGACAGCACGGUCCAGUUCAUCUUCUAUCAGCCCAUCAUCCACCGCUGGAGGGAGACGGACUUCUUCCCUUGCUCAGCCACCUGUGGAGGAGGCUACCAGCUGACUUCGGCUGAGUGCUACGACCUCCGGAGCAGCAGAGUGGUUGCUGAUCAGAACUGCCACUACUACCCCGAGAACGCCAAGCCCAAGCCGAAGCUUCAGGAGUGCAACUUGGACCCCUGUCCAGCCAGUGACGGAUACAAGCAGAUCAUGCCUUAUGACCUCUACCACCCCCUUCCUCGGUGGGAGGCCACCCCGUGGACCGCGUGCUCCUCCUCGUGUGGGGGGGGCGUCCAGCGCCGGGCGGUUUCCUGCGUGGAGGAGGACGUCCAGGGGCGUGUCUCAUCAGUGGAAGAGUGGAAAUGCAUGUACACCCCUAAGACGCCCAUCGUGCAACCCUGCAACAUUUUUGACUGCCCUAAAUGGCUGGCACAGGAGUGGUCUCCGUGCACAGUGACGUGUGGCCAGGGUCUCCGCUACCGCGUGGUCCUCUGCAUGGACCACCGAGGGAUGCACACGGGAGGCUGCAGCCCCAAGACAAAGCCCCACAUCAAGGAGGAGUGCAUCGGGCCCACUCCGUGCUACAGACCUAGAGAGAAGCUCCCGGUGGAGGCCAAGCUGCCGUGGUACAAGCAAGCACAGGAGCUGGAGGAGGGAGCGGCUGUGUCCGAGGAGCCUUCGUUCGUCCCAGAGGCCUGGUCGGCCUGCACAGUCACGUGUGGUGUGGGGAUCCAGGUGCGAAUAGUCAGGUGCCAGGUGCUCCUGUCUUUCUCACAGUCCGUGGCUGACCUGCCUGCUGACGAGUGCGAAGGGCCCAGGCCGGCAUCCCAGCGUGCCUGUUAUGCGGGACCGUGCAGCGGGGAGUUUCCUGAAUUUAACACAGACGAUGACACGGAUGGGCUCUUGGGUGGCCUGCAGGAGCUCGACGUGCUAUAUGACUGGGCCCACGAGGGGUUCACCAAGUGCUCCCAGUCGUGUGGAGGAGGUGUCCAGGAGGCUGUGGUGAGCUGCUUGAACAGAGAGACGCGGGAGCGCGCUGACCCGAACCUGUGCACGACAAGCCGCCGGCCCCCAAAGCACCCGAAACCAUGCAACUUGGAUCCCUGCCCAGGAAGGUGGGAAGCCGGCCGCUGGAGUCCGUGCAGCUUCACCUGCGGGGUUGGGCUGCAGACCAGGGACGUCUUCUGCUCCCACCUGCUCUCCAGAGAGACGAAUGAGAUGGUGAUCCUGGAGGAUGAGCUGUGUCGCGGCCCCAAGCCCAGCACCGUGCAGGUGUGCAACCGUUCCAACUGCCCACCAGCCUGGUACCCCGCGCAAUGGCAGCCGUGCUCCAGGACCUGUGGAGGAGGUGUUCAGAAACGUGAGGUUCUUUGCAAGCAGCGCAUGGCUGAUGGCAGCUUUCUGGAGCUUCCUGACACCAUCUGCUCUGCCUCCAAGCCAGCCUCCCAGCAAGAGUGCAAGAUGGAAGACUGCCCCAGUGAGUGGCUCCUCUCAGACUGGACAGAGUGCUCCUCGAGCUGCGGGGAAGGCACGCAGACCCGCAGCGCUGUUUGCCGGAAAGUGCUGGAAUCGGGGGUCUCCGCCGUGGUCAAUUCUACCCUGUGCCCGCCCCUGCCCUUCUCUUCCUCGGUCCGGCCCUGCAUGCUGGCGGCCUGUGCGAGGCCUGGGCAGCCGCCCCCAAGGCACAGCCCCCAGAUCGCGGCUGCGCGGAAGGUGUACAUCCAGAUGCGCAGGCAGAGGAGGCUGCACUUCGUCGUGGGUGGGGUCGCCUACUUGCUGCCCAAGACGGCCGUGGUGCUGCGGUGCCACACGCGAAGGUCACACAAACCGCUCCUCACCUGGGAGAAGGACGGCCAGCACCUCACCAGCUCCGCACACGUCACCGUGGCGCCUUUCGGCUACCUGAAGAUCCACCGCCUCCGCCCCGCGGACGCCGGCGUCUACACCUGCUCUGCCGGACCUGCCCGGGAGCAGUUCGUGAUCCAGCUCCUCGGGGGUAACCGCAAGCUUGUGACCCGGCCGCCCAGCCUCCCAGGUGAGGAAGAGGCCGUUCCGGGCAGGAAGGCCAGCCCCAAGGAGGCCCUGCAGACGCACGGGCACCCGCACGGGCUCUUCUCCAACAGCAGCAAGGUGGAGAAGGAGGCCCUCAGCGCUGACCCGAGCAGCCGCUACGAUGACCUCGUCUCCCAGCUGCUGGAGCACGGGGGCUGGCCCGAAGAGCUCCUGGCUUCCUGGGAGCUGCAGGACUUCACGGAAAGGAACGUGUCCUCAGAGGAGGACCCUGGUGCCGAGCAGGCCCUGCUGCACCUGCCCUUCACCUUGGUGGCUGAGCAGAGGCGCCUGGACGACAUUCUCAGGAACCUCUCCCAGCAGCCAGAGGAGCUGCGUGACCUGUACAGCAAGCACCUGGUGGCCCAGCUGGCCCAGGACGUCUUCCGUGGCCACCCAGAGCACCGAGAUGCGCUCCAUACACCCUCGGAGCACAGGUCUCCCCUGGCGGCCACCCCUCGUAAGCACGUGUCUGGCUUCAGCACCUCCUUGCGGACCUCGUCUAGGGACGCGGGCAGCGGGCCACGCAGGCCACAUCGCAAGCCUACGAUCUUGCGCAAGAUCUCAGCUGCCCAGCAGCUUUCUGCCUCUGAAGUUGUCACCCACCUUGGGCAGACCGUAGUCCUGGCCAGCGGGACACUGAGCGUGCUGCUGAACUGCGAGGCCAUCGGCAACCCAAGGCCGGCCAUCAGCUGGGCGCGGAAUGGGGAAGAGAUUCAAUUCAGCAACAGGAUUCUUCUACAGCCGGAUGAUUCCUUACAGAUCCUGGCACCAGUGGAAGCUGACGUGGGCUUCUAUACUUGCAAUGCCACAAACGCCGCAGGACAUGACUCCGUCUCCAUUGCCGUCACAUUAGCAGGAAAGCCACUAAUGAAGACAUCACGAAUGACUGUGGUCAACACAGAGAAGCCUACGGUCACUGUGGACAUAGGAAGCACUGUCAAAACAGUGCAGGGAGUGAACGUGACAAUCCACUGCCAAGUUGCAGAGUACGUGGUCCAGCAGAGCAGGCCACAGCGCCAGCAGCAGGGAGCUGUGUUGCAGGCAGUCCGCGUGACACCCAGAAAGCGCCGCGGUGCUGCCUCGGAGGCGUGCGCGAGGCCCCGUCUGCGCAGGCCCGGACUGCCCCAGCCGCAUUCACACCCUCCCCAGGUCCCUACACAGUUGGGAGACAUCAGAGCCUUGCUCGCGGCCACCGGCCUGAACCUUCCCUCAGUGCUGACGUCUCCUCAGGGAACGCAGCUGGUCCUGGAUCUGGGGAAUUCUGCUCUCCUCGGCUGUCCCGUCAGGGGCCACCCCACGCCCAACGUCACCUGGUUCCACAGCGGUCGGCCGAUUGGCAGCGCCACGGGACUGUCGUAUCACAUCCUAGCGGCCGGGCAGAUCCUGCACGUGGCAAAUCUCAGCGCCGGGGCCCACGGCGAAUUCAGCUGCCUCGCUCAGAACGAAGCCGGGCAGCUCACCCAGAAGGCGUCGCUCGUGAUCCGAGAUUACUGGUGGGCCGUGGACAGACUGGUGACCUGCUCGGCGUCCUGUGGUAAUAGGGGGGUGCAGCAGCCUCGUCUCAGGUGCCUGCUGAACAACACGGAGGUUGACCCUGGGCACUGCUCUGGCAAAGUUCGCCCUACCGUACAGCCCGUUGCCUGCAACCGGAGGGACUGCCCUUCUCGGUGGAUGGUGACUUCCUGGUCAGCCUGUACCCGGAGCUGUGGCGGAGGCAUCCAGACCCGCCGCGUGACCUGCCAGAAGCUGAAAGCCUCUGGCUUCUCCACCCCAGUGCCCAAUGACGUGUGCAGCCAACACGCCAAGCGCCCUGUGGACACACAAGCCUGUAACCAGCAGCUGUGCGUGGAGUGGGCCUUCUCCAGCUGGGGCCAGUGCAGCGGGCCUUGCGUGGGGCCUCACACGGCCAUGCAGCACAGACAGGUCUUCUGCCAGACCCGAGACGGCAUCACCUUACCAUCGGAGCAGUGCAGCGCCCUCCCCAGGCCUGUGAGCUCUCAGAACUGCUGGUCCGAAGCCUGCAGCGUGCACUGGCGGGUCAGCCUGUGGACCGUGUGCACUGCGACCUGUGGCAGCUACGGCUUCCAGUCCCGGCGGGUAGAGUGCGUGCACGCCCACACCAACAAGGCUGUGUCGGAGCACCUGUGCUCCUGGGGCGCCCGGCCUGCCAACUGGCAACGCUGCAACAUUACCCCAUGUGAAAACAGGGAGUGCAGCGACACCAGCAGGUACUGCGAGAAGGUGAAGCAGCUGCACCUCUGCCCGCUCAGCCAGUUCAAGCUGCGCUGCUGUGGAACUUGUGGAGAGGCGUGAGGUCGGGGCGCAGGAGCAUCGCCCCUGGCCUCCCCGAAGACCCGUGGAAGCCACCUCAGACAGCCUCCACAGCGCUUCCCUCCCCCGCAGGACAGAACCCCGGCAGGGCAGAGGACCGGUGUGGGGCUCCAGGGCAGGCCAACUUGGGCCGGCCAGGAGGAGGGUGCCUUGGACAGUGCGGUGCAAGCCUCCGACGAACGCGCUUGUCUUCCCUGGAAGCCACCGCUGCAAGUGCUGUCCUUUGUCUCCUCCUCGGCUCCCUUGGUGACCAUAAGGACAAGGGGAGACUGCAGCCCAGCACUCGGGGCUUCUGGUGGGGAACACAGAGAACUCAACGCGGAUGUGCAGCGGUAAAGGAGGGACCAUCAGAGGAGGCCUAUGGCACACAGUGAUGUGGAAAAAGCAAGAAAGGGAAGGGGCAGAAAGGAGAGGAGCCGGUGUGCUGCUCGGAGGCGGGCAGGGAGCAGGCAGAAGGGACUUCCAGCAGUGUGGGGGCUCAGAGACAGCUCUAAGCCCAGUGCAUGCACGUGCCUCCAGGGCUCAAGGGAAGGUCGGAGAUGAGUAGAGCUCUGCUGCCUUUUCAGG